AUGCGUGAAGUCAUCAGCAUCAACGUCGGACAGGCCGGUUGCCAGAUUGCCAACUCGUGCUGGGAGCUCUACUGCCUCGAGCAUGGCAUUCAGCCCGAUGGUUUCCUGACCGAGGAGCGCAAGGCCGCCGACCCUGACCACGGCUUCAGCACCUUCUUCUCCGAGACUGGUCAGGGCAAGUAUGUCCCUCGCGCCAUCUACUGCGAUCUCGAGCCCAACGUUGUCGACGAGGUCCGCACCGGCGCCUACCGCGGCCUUUUCCACCCCGAGCAGAUGAUUACCGGCAAGGAGGACGCCUCGAACAACUAUGCCCGUGGCCACUACACCGUUGGCAAGGAGCUGAUUGACCAGGUCUUGGACAAGGUCCGCCGCGUCGCCGACAACUGUGUUGGUCUCCAGGGCUUCCUCGUCUUCCACUCCUUCGGCGGUGGCACGGGUUCCGGCUUCGGCGCCCUCCUCAUGGAGCGUCUGUCGGUCGACUACGGCAAGAAGAGCAAGCUCGAGUUCUGCGUCUACCCCGCCCCUCAGACUGCCACUUCGGUCGUCGAGCCAUACAACUCGAUCCUCACAACCCACACUACUCUCGAGCACUCGGACUGCUCCUUCAUGGUCGACAACGAGGCCAUUUACGACAUUUGCCGUCGCAACCUUGGUCUUGAGCGCCCCAACUACGAGAACCUGAACCGUCUCAUCGCCCAAGUCGUUUCCUCCAUCACCGCCUCCCUCCGCUUCGACGGCUCGCUCAAUGUUGACCUGAACGAGUUCCAGACCAACCUGGUCCCCUACCCUCGCAUCCACUUCCCCCUCGUUGCCUACGCCCCCAUGCACUCGUCGGCGAAGGCGGCCCACGAGGCCAACUCCGUCAUGGAGAUGACCAUGUCUUGCUUCGAGCCCAACAACCAGAUGGUCAAGUGCGACCCUCGCCACGGCAAGUACAUGGCAACCUGCCUUCUGUACCGUGGUGACGUGGUCCCCAAGGACGCGCACACCGCCGUUGCCACGCUGAAGACGAAGAGGACCAUCCAGUUCGUCGACUGGUGCCCCACCGGUUUUAAGCUUGGUAUCUGCUACCAGGCUCCUGAGAAGGUUCCCAACGGUGAUCUGGCCAAGGUCAGCCGCGCUGUGUGCAUGCUUUCGAACACGACGGCCAUCGCCGAGGCCUGGGCCGCACUGUCCAACAAGUUUGAUCUCAUGUACUCGAAGCGUGCCUUCGUUCACUGGUACGUCGGCGAGGGUAUGGAGGAGGGUGAGUUCUCUGAGGCUCGUGAGGAUCUCGCUGCUCUGGAGCGCGAUUACGAGGAGGUUGCGACGGACUCUGUUGGCGAUGAUGAGGGUCUCGAGGCCGAGUACUAG